AGUGAGUUUUGAUCACCGGUUGAGUUGAGGAUCUUCCGUAAUACAUCAAUCUUUCCUGUCUGUUCUACUGGUAUUUUCGCAACACCUUUCUGGAAGAUCAUUUCUAUAUAUCGCAGAAGGUUCAAGAUGAGUGCUGCACCGUUUACGGUGGAGAUGAUCUUAGUCUUUCUCCUAACUUUGUGUCUUCUUCAUCAAUAUGGUAAUUGGCGAAAGCAACAUUGGCUUGUCACGGUGGCUGUCUUUGUGGCCUGGUAUUUCUCUUUUCUUAUCGUGUUCAUUCUCCCUUUAGACGUUUCAGCGGUAAGUUUGAUCAUUUUACUCUCUAAAGGAAACUAUGUUAGUACGAUCAUAGCCGACUACUACUAGAAUUUGUGUCCUUAGAUUAUGAAAACUUCGAUGACAGCUUCUCUCAGCCCGGCUUCGUUCAGACUGAAUAUUUGAUAAAGACAUUAAAGCCCUAAACGUUUUCUGCAUUAUGUUUAACCGACGAUCAAAAUUUUUUCUCCCAAAGGAAUUUUACUUUACAAGACAUGUCUUACUAAAGCUCCCCUCAGGUCAAAUUUUAUUCAGACAUUUAUAAGUAAGCUUCAUUAUAUCAGAUGUUUGCGUAUGGAAAUUUGUCAACAAAUCCGUCUGUCUUUCUUAAGACUUUCUACAGAAAAUGCCUACACGAAGAAAAAUCGCACACCCAACUCAAGCUGUCAGCAAACGCAAAUCCAUUAUCAAAUGUAUCGCAUAAUGUCUCAGAAAAGAAUGAAAGCAAAGGAGAUGUUCCAGCAACACAAUGCGAAAAACCCUGGAGUUAUUUACCUGAGAAAGUUCUUCCUGAUCUUUGGAGAGUUGUAUACUGGUCUUCUCAAAUACUUUCAUGGUAAGUUCAAGUUCUUCAGUAUGAAAAAAACACUAUAAUAUUUUAUGCUUAAUAUUGCUCCUACACUUUUUUUCACUACUUCAAUGUCCUUGAUUCUGCAUUGAGUCUGUAGUUAUCAGCAAUACUGAAUAGUAUAUUCAAAUUACCUUAAAAAUUCAUUAUAAGUUGUGAAUGGAUGCAAAGUAAAGUUUUUUGGGGAAUUUAAAUGCAGAAGAACAGUUAUCAAGUAGACUGAAAGUAGAACAAAGAAACAAGACAAAACAUCCUAAAAAAAAACACACGACUGGUUACUUAAUGUGAUUGUUUCUUUUCAAGGCUUAUCCUUCCUAUUAUGCAGUCAUACUCUUACGCCGGAGCUUUUACAGUCCGCGGCAAAAUUAAAACAGCACUGUAUGAGAAUGCUCUUUGGUAUGGCAGCUAUCUCGUCAUCUUUGGAAUUCUUUUGGUCUAUGUUAUUGUGAAACCUGAUCUUCAGUUGGAUUGGUGAGUUUUUUUGGAUUGUAGUGUUUGCUAUUUUUGAACUACUGAGCAUGAACUUGGUAUGAACCAACCAAUGUACGUCUGCUGUAUGUGUCAUAGUUAUUCUGACACAAUUCAACAGUUAACCAUCUUGAAUCCCCAGAACUGGCCAUUGUGCGUCCCAACUGUUCUACUUAUCAAUUGUUUUUUUAAGGGGGGGGGGGAUGUUAGACAGAAAAUUCAUGUAGAAAAAGUGGUAAGGCUCAGAGCUGCCACCCCUAGCACAUUCACAAACCUCUUAUCGAGAAAUCUAUUGUCAUUUCAUAGUUUCACUGGGGCCUUCCAAAGGGUGGAAGCAACAGGCACCAAAAAUUUAUGGUAAUCCAACAGCAACAUUUUUGUUGUGGCUAAAAUGUGACAGUCAUUUUUUUCCUAACCUACUUAGGUGACAGGCAGUCUCAGAAAUGAUGGACAAAGUGACAGCAUAUUCCCCCCCCCCCUCUGCUGGGAGGCCUCAUCACUGUUACAUUUUUUAAUUGAUUUCAAAAGCCUAAGGGGAUAUGUGUCUAGUAAUUAAAUGCCCUUUUAUAGGUGCUGUUUUCACCUGUAGGACAGAUUAAUGAGUUUGUUGCAAUACUAUAUUGCAUGUUUAAUUAGCAUGCUCACCUGCAAUUGAUUUUGUGCGUAUUUAAGUUAGCUGUAGCUUGUGCUAAGAAAUGAUUAUUCAUAGUGAGGGUAACUUGAUAACUGAAGCAGUAGCACGUUGAAAAAUAAAAAUUCACUCGUUUAAAGUUGCCUUGUCAUGCUCGAAGCGGAUAGUACAUGAGGAAACAGAGUUUAUCAAGAAACAAUACAAAAAUCAAGCAAGGAUGGACGUUGAUUAAAGUAACUUCAAAAUCUUGGUCCAACUUUUUCAAGUUUUAAUGCUAUGCUUGGAAAACUCACCAAAAAAAUAAUUAUUAUGUUUAGUGAUCCCUGGUGAAAUGGGUUUGAUAUCUUCAAUCCCUAAUGCAAGGCACGAAGUAAUGACUUCAGCACAGAAUUGACCUAAAACCUGGAGCUCAGAAUUUUUUCUGAGCUUUCUGGUGUUAGAAUUCUCCUUCUGCCAAAUUUUAUUGUUCAGUCUUGGUCUUGUACGUUGGUGGACAGCUGAUUUCAAGCAAUACCCGUGAUACAGUCCUCUAUGACUGGUGCUCGACCCUGCUAACCGUAAAGCCUUCAGUAGCUCAGUGGUUAGAGCAUCUGCACUAGAAUUCGGAGGGUCGUGAGUUGGAUUCUCACCUGGGUCUCGGAAUUUUUUCUGAGCAUUCUGGUGUUAGAAUAAAUUUGUCCUUGUGACAAAGCUCCUUUAAUAUUAUUUUUUCUGAAUCACAUUAUUAAUAAUAAUAAUAUUUUCUGUUUGAAUGGGUUUUCAGGUCAAAAUUAGGUAUUAUUGGGAUUACUGCAUCAAACACAUGGGGAUUGCUUCUUCUGGUGUUUCUAAUGGGAUAUGGCCUGGUGGAAGUACCUCGCGUCACUUGGAACACAGCGAGGUUAGAGUACCAGAUGGCUCGUGCUUACUUCAAGAUUUCAAAGCUUAGCAUAGAAAAAGAAGAAGCUGAAGAACAGCUUGCUGAAGUAAUUGAGGUAAUCAGUUAUUUCAGUCUUUUUUGAAAGUAAAGUAAACUUUGACUGCAAAUAUUGGCUUAGUGUAAAGAAGCAUUGUCAUCAUUAUUUAUUUAUUCAUUUAUUUUACUACUUAAAAAUCUAACAAAAGUUUUGUGAAAUGGGACCCAAGAGCUUUUAAGAAGCAAGGGGACUACAACUAAAAAGUUUGACUUAAGGUUUUUUGGGCAAAAUGUACCCUGCGAGGAGGGGUUUCUUUCCAGCAUGGCUUUUAGCAUUUAUGAAGUUGUUCGCAUUGCACUGUCAGUCAUGUAGUUAUUUAACAAACCAACUACUUGACUGACUGCGACAUGUACUCUGUGAAGGCUAAAAGCCAUGCCGGAAAGAAACCCCUGCUCUCAGGGUAGGCAAAAUGGCUCCAAAACCACUGGUUAUGGAUUGGUUACAUGUAAUACAACAGAUUGUUGCCUUUCUCUUUUGCUUAAGGGUCAUAUCGCAUGUCAGUGGGUGCUUUAUAGUAAUUUAUUAAAAGGUUUCUGUAAAAUGUUUUUUUAGGAAGUGAAUCAGGCAUCAGUGGCUUUGCGUUACAGACAUCCUCUUAGAAAGUACCUUGAGGUAGUCAUUAAAAAGGUAACUCAUCAAUUUAAAGUUUGUCUGGCUAUAAUAUAAUAUAUUAAUUAGUAUUAGGUUUUACUAUAGUGGAACCAGGACAUAGUGAAUCGCCAGGGGAAAUUGUUUGUUAUAAAAUAAUAAUUGUAAUUUGUUAUAUCUAGAUCCUGUUCCAUAUUUUUUGCUAUCAAUCUUGGGGUUUACCUCGAGCGGUGUAAAAACCUGUGAAGUUGUUCUUUGUUUUCUAGCUAUUAUUGUGCCUCGGCUCUAUUGUGUUGACUUCUCAGUGGCUACUUUAAUUUGUAUUCCUUGUUUUACAUAACUCGUGAGUUUCAAGGAUUUUUACACCUACGAUGAGCUAAAUGGUGCCUCCGUUAUUGGAGGCAAAUUUAUCAUAAUUGGUUAUACGAAGGUUUUGUCAUGUGGGAGUUUGUGUUACUGACUCUUGAAAGUUAAUGUCUUUUUCAUCCAGUAAUUUGGUUUCUUUGUCUUCACUGCCAGUAUUAAAGCAAAAGAUUACAGCCAUUUUAUGCUUUCUAACUUUGUUUGCAAUUUUCCAAAUCCUCUACUUCUUUUUCUCGUUCAUCAUUUGUCUAAUAUUAUAAUUAUUAGACACACUAAUGACAGUGGCACUCCAUAAUACAAUCACCAUUGGACCAUAAAAUCCUGGUCGUAAUAAAAAGGUGGUCACUCACAUUAACAGGGUCUUAAAAAUAACAAAAUGACUCUUUGGAUUUAGAGUGGUUUUCGUUUGAGUGUCGUAAAACCAAAACCAAAGUAAUUACUCUGGCCAAUCACAUAGGACACAGACAAUACAUUGAACCAAUCAAAACUCGAAGUAAUUACAUGUGGCUGACGCAAAGCGCGGGAAAAUGCAUGCGAGCGCGUCACAAUUGGCUUUGGUUUUACUUCUGAUUGGAUGAAAAGGUGGCGCGAAUCUUUUAAGCCAAUCACAUCGUGUAGAAAGUGCAAAACCAAUUACUUUUCGACACUCAAAUGAAAACCGCUCUAUGCUUGGGUCAAAAGAAUAUAGUCGUAAUAAUGAGAAUUUUUUAUAAACAGGGUGGUUGUAAGGUGGCAUUCCAGUGACAGUACCUGAAAGAUAAUUAUGAUAUCAUAAUUUUUUUAAGUGCCCAGAAGCAUCACAGCCCACAUUCAACAGAGGUACUGAUGACUAUGUAGAUUACGAUGAUUACCUGAAAGAGACUGGAAGCAAAGUAACCGAGACCUACACUGAGAAAAGUUUAGCUAAACUGCACAAGCGAGUCAUCAUCAUCACUCAUACAUCAAAGAGAACUCAGUGGUAAGAGUGUGAACACUGUUGCAAGUAACUAUGAUUUAGAGGGGUGAUGAAUGGUCCAUUAAAAAUCUGCACCGGCAAAUUUUGCACAUUUUUGCAUCAUUUUUAGUGGUUAUUUUAUGGAUACUAUCUAUAUGUCACUACAUUGACAGUAUUCCUCAGUUCUUGAGGAACUAGAAUAUAUCAAAAUAAACUAUGUUAUGUCACCCAAAAGGUGUUAAUUUAAUUACCCCUUAGGGUGGCACGGAAAGAGAAAAAUCAAAAUUUCAGAAGAAUCCUUAGAGUUAUUGUUAAAAAAGAAAUGUAACACAAAUAAGGACGUAAGAUAGAAUAAUUCUGUGUUUGACCAUGACACAGCUCCAAUUAAUCCACCCUCUAGGGUACAAUUUGCUAUUUUGUAAUUUGAUCCACAUUUUGACAUCAAUAACUCAGCUGUACAGCAAUUCUAACCUUUGGUCAAACACAGAUCUGUUCAGUAACAUGCUCUUUGUGUAUUUGCCAAAUUUCACGAAGAAAUAAUGAUCUAUUCCUCCAAAAAACUGGUUCUCGUAAGUCAAGGUAAAUCGGUUACGCGGUAAUUAACGCUUUUCCGGUGUAAGAAAGCUUAUUUUCCUCUCAAAAUCAACUCUUUCUGCUCGAUACUACCAUCACAGACCUUCUUGCCCGCCAUUUUGAAUCACCGCUGUGUAAAAUGCUCGUGGAAGCCUAAGAAAAUGCCAAAUGACCUCUCUAUAGCCCCCUUGGAUUUUGAUAUGUGACCAGUUGCUAGGUGUGACGCAUUUCCGGAAGAUGCGUUACUCAGUGUCAGCUAUAAUGCAGUGAAGCGCACCGAAGUAUGAAGAUUGAAGAAGAGUUUUAUUCAAAAUUGAAAAGAAUUGCUUUUGUAAAGUGAAAGAAAUUGGCAGAAAAAACAGACCAGAGGAUUAGGGGCCAAAAAAACGUUUUACUCUCGCGGCAAAAUUGUCAGAAUAUAUCAGGUGAGAAGACACACCGAUGUAAUGUAAAUUUAAAACAAUAAUCAGCCCUGGAAAACGGAGUAUAUUUCAAGAACAUAACAAAUAUUGACAAGAAGCAAGUAAUAUUAGUCAUCACAGCUUUAACAGAAGCAAGAAAAAUCAAGUUGGACAUACAGCGGCGGCAGUUUGUCGAUGAAUCCAAGCAGUGAAUAGAUUUUGUUCAGCACAUCAAUAGAACUUGAUGCCGAAAAGAGGAGUCAAGUUGCGCUCCUGCCGUCCUUUUUCUUAGUAACGGAAAUGAAAAUUUUGCUUUAACUUCCGGUAAAUCAGUCAACUUUUGAGUAGAUUUUCUCUUAAAUGCAAAGGUAUAUUCAAAAAAAGAACACCAGAUAUGCAUAUUAGAUCAUCUGAACUUACUGUAGAAAGAUUUUGAGGGCAAAAUAAAAUGUUGAAAAUUUGCCGGUGCAGAUUUUUACCUUUGCUUGAUUUGCUCACAAAAUUUAAACAAGUGCUUGCUUGCUUGUGCUCCCCAAAUUUUUGUGUUGCUCGCAAGCUCACAAAACAAAUUUUUUAUUUCUGCUCGCGCUCGCAAAAAAAUCGCAGUGCUCGGCAUGCUCACAAAUGCUCGCAAAGACCAUUCGUCACCCCUAUUUAGUUUGUCUGUGACAACGAUUAUUGAACCUCCAUUUAACUGGCCAGUAAGAAAGUAUUUGGGUCCCAAAAUAUUAAUACGGAAUCCACCAGAAAAUUGAGUAAUAUUAAUUUUCAGUGGAAAAAAACCUUGUACCCGAAUAAUUUAAAGAAUAUUGCAUUAUUUUUACAUUUUUCAAGGGCUAAAGACCUUAUUAGCCAUCUGUAGUACAUGUAACAACAAAGAAAAUUUCUAACGGGGUUCCGAGAACAUGAACGUCAAAUUUCACAUGAAUUGUGAAAACACAGGCAAAAUUUGGAAAAUUUUAUGUGUAAGACGUAAUUUUGUGAAAUUUGACAUUUCAUUUUCUCGGGCACCCAUAACAAAUUUUAGUUUCAGAAACUAAACUGAAACUGAAACACUUUGUCUCAGUUUGUCUUUAUUUUACACAAUCUGAGACAGAAGGUGAUGACUGACUGUGAAACAGUAAUGGCACUGCCAACAUGUGUUUGUUUCAGAAUUAAGUGAUAAUGUCAGGUGGUCACUUGUGGAUACCCCAGGAGUGGCUGCUUAAUAAUGAGGUUUAACUGUAGUAUUUCCAAAAUUGUAUUCUGAUAUGUCAUUGUGACAUAAAACAGAACUCAAUCUUAGCAGACACCUUGAUUAAUAUCAGACAGUUCCCUCCCUAAAAACAGACAGCAAGAGUUGGUCCCUCACUGCUAUCGAGACAUUUUAUUGCUUGGGGUAUCCUACUUCGAUAGAGACCUCAAGGUGGACUCUUGUUAGUAGCUAUUAAGUUCUUAACCCAUUGACCAGUGUCUGUGUUAGAGAGAUAUGACUGUAUUAUUUUAAUAACUAAGAUGAAUUCCUGGUAAAUAUUAUUUUUCAGCCAGUGGAAUAUGCAGCUUGAAAAAGUGUUUGAAUUGGAGGAUAUUUCACGAAACAGUGGAAGCAGUGAUAGGUAUGCUUACGUUCUUUUGUGAUUUACAAAAUAAUAAUCUGUUCAUGAAUGAUACAAUACUACUGAGACUUUGUGACUGCAAACAAUGGUCAAAAAAUUAUAAAAAAAUGUCAGUAAGUGGGAAAAAGGACGAGUCAAGAAUGACGGAACUCUUAUCAAUUGUCUUGUCAGUCUGUGGCUUCUCUCCUGGCCUCCCUUUGAUCCAUGGCGGUGGCUAGGCUAUCUGGUAAUAUUGCAGAUUUUUUCUUUUCUCUUUCUUGACUUGUAGAGGACUCAGAAGGGUAGCUUCAGUUAGCACUUAGCUUAAUGACAUGUCAGGAGUUUUAUUUUGGUAAUUCACACAGAGGGGGUGACCUGCCAACUGUUUAUAGGCAUGACAUUUUAUCGUGAGAGCUUCAGGUUUUUUUGUAGGGGUCCGAUAAUAUCUGAAGAUAUCCGAAGAUGUUUUGAAGAUGGUCCAAAGAGCUCUGUCUAACAUGAACACAGGAACGUGAAGGAACAUUACCUAGUCUCCAGUGACUAAGAGAAUUCGGACAAAGCUGAUCAUUCACAUGGACUUUUUGUUUCUCUCAUUGGUUCCAGUUUCUUUAAAUAAUUAAUAUAUUUUUCAAAAUGAGACAGUUAAUGCUGUAAUGGCUUAAACAUUUUUACCAUGCAUGAGAAAUUGGACCAACAGGUGUGAGUAUAGGCAUGAGAUCAAAGUUUUUGGUCCGCGGGCAUGACAGUUCUCACAGAUAUAGGUGAAUAAUGCAAAUUCUUGAAACAAUGAGGGAACAGCAUGUUAGGCACCGUUGUACCAUCCUCAGACCUCCAGCUACAGUGACUUGUAAUGCUUGUCUUGUUAAAUUAUCUAGCUGUCAGUGUACUUGUAGAUUAACACUAAAACUUGUGAGGAAUUUCAAGUUACUUCCCCUACAAAUAAUAAUACUGUUGAUCAACCAGUCACUGAUGAAACCCCACCUAAUUUACAAUCUUUUCUUACGAUUACAGACAUUACAAAUCUUCAUUAAGAGAUAGACCAGCCAGAGGGGCUAAACCUGUUUUUGGUAAGUGAAAUACAGUCAAACCGGUAUACAAAGGCCCUGUAUAUAGCGGUCACCAGACAACUUCCCAAAAUUUUCAAUUUCCUUAUAUUUUCUGCACAAAGUUUGAAUAUUCAUUAUCUUUUUAUCAUUAUAGAGUGGUACUGGAAAGUCUGGCUGUGUCCAUGGCUACUGCGCAUAACUGCAGUUCUUUUGUUUUUGUUGUCCGUGACUCUGGUCUGGUCUGAGGUGACGUUCUUCAAUAAUGAGCCUGUGCUGUCGAUAUUUGCACUGAUGAUUGAUGGAGCUAGUGUAGGAUAUUAUUAUUUUUAUGUAGAGGUAUGUCAGACAAACCUGUAAAUUGAAAUUUUGUUCAUGUGUAGUUUAAUUUGAUUUCUAUCACUUGAGGGACAACUGUGGUCUGGAGAUCUUAACGGAUCAGACUAUAGAACUGGGGAUCAGAAAUCAAGGAAAAAUUUCUUUUCAUCCUUCUGAUGUUCCCAACACUUUAAGGUAUCAUUCAGAAUACAGAUUUGAGGAAGAUCAAAAAAUUAAUAUAUUUUGCAUUUACUGGUAUUGAAUAUCAAACUUCAAAACAUCAUCAACAUCAAAUUCAUUUCAGUGCAUUUGGAGGGGGCUAAAUCUGGGUGGGAGAUGUUAUACUCGAGUGCACUUUUUUGCAGGUAGAUGGGCCUAUACACAUGUAACUGGGGCGGCUUAUAAGUUUGGCAGGGGGUUGGGGCAGCUUAUAAGGGACAGUUUACUCUAUGCAAAUAUUAUUUUAUUAAUUAUUAUUUUUCUUUUAAUGUAUUAAUUUUAUUUUUAUUGGUUGCAGGUAAUAUCCUGUGUGACCAUUUCCUAUAUGUGUAUUUGUGUUUACUACACUGUUUUCAAAAUGAGGUUCUUCAACUACUACUACUUUGCACCCAAGCAUCAGACAGACCCAAACAGCUUGCUCUUCAGUGGACUGUAAGUAAAUCAUGAUUAAACCAUAAUUUGAAAAAAAAAUCCAAGUGAAUACAUGUUAUCAAAGGUCAUGGAAGAAAUUUGCUUAGCAAUUAGAAAUUUUUGUCCUGUAGUGGUAACCCAUUUGACCAAAAUGAUAAUUGAAGGGGUGAAUGCAUAUAUGGGAACUUGGGAUCCAUGUAACUUUUGAUGUCGUGUCAAAUUCUUCCAAAGUUAAUACCUGAGGGUUCUUACCCUUUUUUUGAACAAAAAAUUCAAGGACUUUCAAGGACACAUUUCCCAUUUUUCAAGGACUCUAUCCAGUGCAAAAAGUGCCUUGAGUUUAGCUCUACCACAACAUGAGCAAUUUUAUCCUGAAGGUCUUUCAUGUUAGGUAUACAGUCUGGGUUGGAUAAAGUUAGCACCGAAAUUCAAGGACUUUCCAGUAUUGACUGCAAUUUUCAAGGACUUUCAAGGGCCUUGAAUUUUUAUUUUAAAAUUUCAAGGACUUUUCUGGACUUUCAAGGUGCAUACGAACCCUGUAAUACCUUUGCCAUGUUUGUUGCAGGCUACUUUGUCGCUUGACUUAUGCACUGUGUCUAAACUUCCUUGCUGUCAUUCAUCUUGAUGGGCAUGUUACAGGAGCAGUAGAAUCAGUUGAAACGUCAUUCACAAAGGCAAGACUAACACACUAUAGCCCAGUUUUAGAUGCCAAACUUUUCAUGAGCUGUUCACCUUAAUUCAAAUUAGGGCCGACCCAAAUUAUUUAGACCAGCUGAAUUGAUUCAGAUGCGGCUGAUCAAACUAAAUUCAAAAGGAGAAAAAAAAUUAAUACUCAUUUCAGUCAAACUGCGUGCAAAAUACGUUAUUAUUUUUAAUUUAUGCAUUAGAAUGGGCACAUGAAAGUUUGGUGUCUGAUAUAAAGCUGUUCCAAAGCAUGUUCUCUUUAGUGAUCAUUCUCAAUUCUCAAAACCUUUUCCCCUGAAGAUGUAUUGAUGUUGGUCACUCUUAGAAAUUUUAAAAAGGGAUGUAGCUUAUCUAAUAUUAGGGAGUACCCUGCCUGGGGAUUUUUAGGGGUACCGAAUGGUACCUCGAAAAACGUGGGUCUCGGAAAAUUUUGGCAGGAUCUCGAAAUCUCGCAAGCAUUUUUGAUAAGUCUCGAAGUCUCCUUUUUUCAUGGUUUGUUUUUACUUUUUAAGUCUCGAAAAUUUUCACCAAAGGGUCUCGGGCUCGGAUUUCUAACUAGGAUCUCGGCUUCUCGGCGAGUCUCGGAUUUUACCAUUCACCACCCCUAUUUUUAGGUCCUUAUGAUAUGCCUAUUCUCCACAUGCUUUGUUAUCCUGCAGUUUUCCAACUUAAGAUUGUUUUUCUUCAUUGACAGUUUAUGGGCCACAUGGAUGUGCUGUCCUUCAUUUCCAAGGGAGUCAAUGUGUAUUACCCCAUGUGUGUUGUGCUAGUUUGUCUGGCGACAUACUUCAGUCUUGGCACAAGGUGUCUGAAUUGCCUUGGAUUUCAGACUUUUAUUAUUGAAGACGAUUUAUCAGCAGAAUAUGUCAGUGAGGGGAAGGAUAUUGCUCGAAGAGGUACUAUAUAAGCAUUGUUGAUAUGUACAAUCAUCAUUAAAAGUGUUGGGAAGGCUAUUACUUUUUACCUCUUUUUUCCCUUCCUCACCCUGCCCCUGGCUCAAUGUUGAGCAGAACUUAAAUGUUUGUGGCCGUAAUUUAUUGUUCUGUUAUAUCCCAACAUUGAAUGGGGGCACGGGAGAUGUUUAGCAAAGAGAAAACUCUCUUUUUUGAGGAUUUAAAUGGACUACUGUUAAGUUGUACAACCUUCCCAACUACUUUUGUCUGGGAUUGUGGUUAUAGUUCAUUAGUUGAAAAAACAUACUGGCCUGCUAAUCAGAGGGAAGAAAUUCAAAGGGACAAAUGCUUUUGGACAUAUUACAGUCAAACCCCGUUAACCCUCUAAGCCCCGGUAUCCACAUACAAAAUCUGCAAACUGAUCUCCAUACAUUUCCUUAAAGAAUUAGUUGUGAGAAUUUGAUAAAAGAUCAAGGCAUUUUCUCUUGGGUGAUCAUUUUAUUAAUUCUCAUAACUUAUCUCUUGACAUUGUAUGGAUAUUGUUAAGAGAAAAUUAUUGAUCUUUGUUGAGCUAUUGGAACUUAAAGGGUUAAUAUAGACGCUGAGGGGGCCAUAGAAAGUGUCUGCAUUAACAGGGUGUCCUUAUUAAGUAGGUUGAAUUCAGAGAAAAUGUAAAGGCUUGCUUUUCCAGGGACAAAGCAAACUUUCUGUGAUAGAGGCGUCUGUAUUAAGCGGGUUUCCUUAAAACGGAGUUUGUACAUGGCUCAUUAGUAGUAAGAGGUUCUUCUUCUCAUGCUUUUUGUACUGUGCCUGUAUCAGUUUGGCCUUGAAACAUCGCGUCCCAAUAAGCUGCCACUAAAUAUCCUAGAAUGAAAAUCAUUGUAGUGAUGCUAAGUACAAGCCUUAAGGGUGCUUUCUGCAUCAAGCCUUGAAACAAUCCUCUUUGUCACAAUACCAUGUUUUGUUUAAUAUUACAGAGAGGAGAAAAAGAGAGAUGCUAAGUGAAGAUGGAAGCCGCAAGGUUUGUAUGUUGUCUCUUUUUGUCACGUCUUGUUGCACUGGAAAUAGUGCUACCUUCUCCUCCUGCUGGUUUUAAGCAUGAAGUAACUAAUUAGCAGAACUCCAUAUGUGCCCGAGUGCAGUACCAUAGCUAAAAAAAUUAGUUAUACAUGUAACUCCAUCCAAGAAAUUUUCGUAGUCCCAUGACUGCCGCCUGCCCGUCCUCAUCACAGGGAAACCAAUGUGAAAUGUCACACUAGCUACAGGUGUAGCUAGUGUGGCAGCUGGCAGCCUGAUAUAGCACAUCCAUGACUGUUGUGGUCAAUAAUAUUGACAGUUGUCAAAAACAGGGUAUCUGCUGAUCAGUUUCACAAGACUGUAUCACAGGCUCAGGAGUCAACCCCUCAAGGUGACAUGUUUUCUUUAAAGUUCUCUGCUGAGUUUUGAACUGAUAACAUGCCCAACUUCAGGUGAAUUUCUUUGCUGUGGUUAAAGGUUUAUUUUUUUAAGUUAAUUACAAAUUUUUUAACAGAAACUUCACCUUUAACAUUGGCUAAAUUGAUAUAUUAAUUUUUAAUUUCAGGAAACAUGGUCAGAGAGAGCUGAAUCAGCAAAGAAGAAACUUUCAACCCGAAGAGCUGAACGUGAUGGUCGCAGAAUCUCAGAUAAUGAUCUUGCAACUUCCAGCACAAAUCUAUCAUCAGAAGGACAGUAUGUGAAGUACUCUAGAUUUAACACUGAUAGCGAUCGUGUGGAAUUACUUUCUGCCGCUGAUUACGAUGACAAUAGUUUACCAUCUAGUUACAAUGCCAGUAGCUCAGGAUUUGGGCGGUCAUCUUUGAACAGAGCACCUAAGAACAUUUUUGAUGAUUUAUGA